AUGCUCUCGGCUAAGUUUUACUAUACGGAAUUGGGACCAGAAGACCACGUCUUUCUAUACAGUGUUUCUAUUGCUCAAGAUGGAGGCAUUCUGGAUUGGGACGACUUGGUCUCGGACGUGCUUGACGACCGAGAACUGCUCAUCGCCAAUUUCUCAUUUGGAUCUGCGACUAGGGCAAAUAACCUACCUCCUUUCGUCCACUCUCCGCCGCCUGCUUAUUCUGCAAAUUUGCAUGUUAACCAGGCGCGAAAUGGCACCACGACAGAGACGGUUAUCGAUACUGACAACGGCCCGUCCAAAGAGAGGCAUGAAAUCGUUGCUAGCGGGCAAUGUUCGGAAAAUGUGGGCAUUUUUCAGAGUCAAGAUCGCGGCUCAGUACAAUCCAUUAUGCAACCAUUAGUCUUUGGUCUGGCCUCGGGCCUUGAGAACCAAACGGCAUCUUCAAGGUCGGUUCAGUUAGAAGAUGGUCCUGAUCCAAGUUCAUGGCCAAUUGAAGGAGCUGCAGUCUUAGUCGCUAGCACUGGCAAUGACGCAUCUAAAAUAGUCUCUCGCAAUAUCUUCAAUUCAUUGCAGGAAGAGUCAAGAUGCUCAGGCCGACCAUACACGUCUCUUAUCUGCAAUUUGUCGGGUGCCAAUCAGGUGAUCGACCUCUCAUCUCUUUAUCCAGAAUCAGCUAAUCUAUGUUCUAAGGCUGAUCUUGGCUCUGCGAAUAUCAACACCAUUACUCCUACCAGCUCCAAUAAUGCAACUUUUCAAUCCCAUGGAAAAGAUGAACCUUCUCACUCUGCCCUCAUUGAUCAGGAAGUAAUUAAGGGCCAGAUGACCGGCGAUGCUCGGCUACAAGUAGUUUCU